GAAGUUUGAAAUUUUCCAAAAUGGCGGCAUCCAGAGAAUGAAAUUUCAAACGAAGAAAUGGAUUUCCUGAGAAACUUCUUUUCCUGAGACAGUGAUUGAACAAAUAAACACAAAUUCAAGAAAACCAAUCGAUCAAAAUGGAGGCUGCGUCUGUUGUGAAGUCGGUGAUAUUUGCAGCUAACCAGUACCUUAACCACAAGGCUGACAAAAAUAGUCUGUACCUUCAACAACAGCUUGAGAUUUUAAUAGGGAUUACAGUUCCAAGCUCAGGGAAGAGUUUAAAAUUCUUCAACACCAAACACCUACAGCCAACAGAAUGUCUGACAACAGUUAUAGAUAUCCUGUGUGACCCUCACACCAAGCCCUCACUGCUGCUGAGCUGUAUUACUCUUCUGCAGAAUCUUGCCACAGAUGAUGGAAUCAGACAUUGCUUACACGACGCGUUCCAUUUAACUCCGGCUCUGGCAGGAAUUCUCAAAAUACAGGGCUCGGCUCGAGAUAUACUUUCAACAGAGUGUGUGAGUUUACUCCAGAAAGUGACGUAUGGGCACAAAUUGAAUUUCCAGGAAAACUACAUGGAAGACUUGAUAACGUUCACCGUGCGACAAAUACACGGGCCGGUCCACGACCUCACACUCCCCAGUUUAGGAUUGCUGGUCAAUCUCUGUCGGGAAAACUUCGCUGUGCAAUCAUACCUCAAAAAUUCUGAAAACAUCAAAGCAUUGUAUAAAGUCUUGGUGUCAUAUUUGUCUGAUCAAAACCUCACAGUCAUCAUCCUGGCCUUGUCCAUUAUCACAAGUUUGUCUCUCCAGGAGGACCUUGGGGGUAAGAUCCUCAAUGCUAAGAAUAUCAAUCAGACGUUUCAGAUGAUAUUUAAUAUUCUGAUGAAGAGUGACGCUGGUGUAACACGGGGAUACGCUGUUGACUUGUUUAGGGACCUACUGCGCAAUCCAAAGAUACAGCAGUCUUUGUCGAGAUUUGACCGAUUAGGAUCUUGUCUAGAAAAUAUUUUGAAUCUCAUAGCAGCCAGUACGUCAGAGUCUGUGAUAAAGGUUUUCGAGCUGUUGCUGCUGUUCUGUCGUGUCGAAGGACUGAGGAGUACGAUAUGUAAAUGCGUACUGGCCACGUCUCCUCUCCACGACAAUGAAUAUGUGGCACAGACUUUACGGCAGCCGAUCGAGGAGGUGAAGGAGCCAUUGAUUGCUGCAGUCCACUGGGCGGGCCAGUCCACUGACUCGCACAAUAAGGCCCCUCUGUAUGCACUGGACUUUCUCACCGAGUUCUACGAGGAACUGAUCUACUCCAACACAAGGGUCCAUUACGGCAUCCACGCCGACCUCGUUUUACCAACAGUACUCCACGGCCUGCAAGAUCCGCCCGACCAGGAACAGGCAGAGUCUCGCAGGAAGUGCUGUAAGAUGGUCAAGGUCAUUCAGCUGCUAACAGUGUUUGCUGGUGAGGAGGACACCAAGAAGAAACUGUGUAAGCUGGUGGACAUGAGUUUGUUUUCAGGCCUCUUGGAACACCAGUUUACCUACAACCGGGUGGCCCUCCGCUGUAACAAAGUUGUCUCCCCUGACGAGGAUUGGAGUGAAUAUGGCGUGGAUGUUGUGCUAUGUGGAUUGGAGUUGAUGGAGAAACUCAAGAAAAAUCUUCCUGAUGUGGACGCUCUAUUCUGUUCCACGCUACAGGACAGUCGCCUGGUGCCAUUUCUCUCGGCGGGGAUGACCAGCAAGGACAGAUCACGGGUUCAGACAGCUCUACAGAUGAUAACCACAGCGUCUGCCCUCGACAACUUCCCAGUGGUUCUACUUGGAGACACAAUAGCUGCCAACAACACUCGUCAACACGAGCGUCUCACUGCCAGUCCUGCACAGGGAUGGCAGCAGGUCAACACGAAACCACUGUCUAUGUCAGAGUACGGCAACAAAGAAAAUAUGCCUCCGGGUAACCACCAUCGAAAACCAGAACCCAUGGAGCAGGACGCUUCUAUCAACUCUAUUAUUGAGAGGAUGCAGUCCGGACUACAGACCAAUUUUCAAGGCUAUAUGAACGAGAUCAAGGCGUCUGAAAUCAUUGACAUCUAUGAACACAAGCUACAAUCCCUACAGACAAAAGAAGACCAGCUCCAGGACUUGCUGGAUGCUAAGGCUCUGGCUUUGUCUCAGGCUGAUCGACUCAUCGCUCAGUACAGGUCUCGGAGAGCACAGUACGAGGCUGAGGCACACAAGAUGAGGUCUAUGGUUCAGGAUUCAGAGAAGAGAAGUGAACAGUACCGUGACCAGCUGAACGACGUGAUACUGCGAGGGGAACACCUCCAGAAUGAAUUGGAACAACUCAAUCAGGAAAAACACAAACUUGAAGAAGUGGCAGCCGAACACAAACAGCUGACCGUGGCCUACAUGGAGUUGUCGGAGAAGUUUGAAACUUCAGAGAAGUCAUUACUUUGUCUGAAACAGGAACACAAGACCCUUGUGGAGAUGCAUGAAAUGUUAAAUAAACACAACGAGUCGUUAAAACAACAGCAUGACGUGGCAUCGGAACAAUUGUCCAAACUCUCCAAACAGCUGAUGGAGAAGGCGUCUGAGCUCACGCACACCCAACUGAUGUUGGAGGAAGAGCAUGCUAAAGCCAAGAAAGAACAGGACGAACUCGAGGACUGUCUCGAUAAAGUCAGGGCAAACCUGGACACUACAGAGAAGGCGAAAAAGAAAUUAGAGCAAAAGGUGUCUACACUGGAACGGUCAUUACAACAGAGUGAAGCACAAGUAAAGGAAAAAGUGGAGGUCAUACGCGAACUGAAAUCAAACGUGGACAAGCACGCCCAGAUAGCGGCACUUAUACACAGUCUCAGUAGCGGAAAGAGUGAUGCAGACUCGAUGAAAUCAUGAAACUCGACCUGCAGUUUAGGCGUAACAGCUUUUAUUUACCAUUCAGGGUCGCAUAUGAACUGUGACGAUCUUUGAUUUGGGCAUCAGAGUCACGUCACGUUUUUUAUUUUCCGUACAGGGUCACCAUUGAACUGUGCUGUUCUUACUUUCAGUGGAUUUGCUAGGUUAUUUCUCAAAUUGGCAUGACUUUAGACAUUAAUACCAAUCACCCUUUGGUGAUAAUAGCUUAUAUCUAAAUCCCUUGAUAGUUUACAAUUUCACUACCCAAACCAAGUACAGUCGAAUCUGUAUUAAGCGACCACUCAAGGCAAGUUAAAAAAGCGGUCUCUCAAUGGAGAGUGGUCUCUUGAUCGAGAUUGUAUCUUAGAUUAAAUAUAAAUGUUUAUAUCACGAUUUAACAGUAAGUUGACUGUUUAUGCAUUCCCUAAUUAUUAUAUUUCUCAUGCAAAGCUUAUGUAUUUUAUGAGUCAAAACGUCUGAAAAUCGUCAGAAUUCUAGACUGUCUCUUCGCCUUUUCUCCCGUCCUUUUUCAACAAAAGUAAAACUACUUGGGUGUUAUGAAGGCAAAAAUGGUAAUAGAAGGCAUUUUGGAGACUUCUGGUAGCUUAAUAUAAGAGAGUUAUUGUUAUCACAGGAAUGAAAAAUAGCGGUCGCUGGUCGUGUAAACAGAGGGUCGCUUAAUAGAAUUAAAAUACAAUAUAAUGUAUAUAGCGAAAAUGCUCGGGAGGAAUUGAAAUUGUCGGUUAGAAAAGAGGGUCGCUUAAUAGAGAUGGUCAUUUGGACAGAUUCGACUGUAUUGAAUUCACAGGUUGACAACUCGGGGCUAUUCAAGUAAAACAUUUUCCUGUGGGAGGACCCAAAAA